AUGGCUGGGUGCGAUGCCUCUGAUUUGGCAAUAGGUAUCAAUGUCGAUAUUGAACGUACAGAUGGUCGGAUACAUUCAGCAAUUAUCAGUGGCGUAAACCGUGACCGCAAUGUCGUGACAGUUGAGUGGUAUGAGCGAGGAGAGGCAAAAGGCAAAGAGAUCGAUAUGGCAGCAAUUUUCAGACUCAAUCCUUCACUUCGAUCCCAUGACUCCACUGCAGAUAACGCUGCCUUACUCAAAGAUCGAUUAACGAAUGAGACAGUUUUGACAAAUCCUCCACAAAGAAAGGCAGUUCCUCAGGAUAGUAGUGGUACCACCUCAGGCAUCCCCUCAGCGCAAAUUGGCACAGCUGCCACUCAGGUGUGCGGUCCUCGUCCUUACCGGCAAGGCGCUGCCUCCCGUCUGCCGGCUCCCUCGACACGAAUCACCCGGGCUAGAGCUAAUGCCGCCGGUUCGAGUAAUCUUUUUAAUCAGCAACAAGAAGAGUUGGAUAGUCAACAACAGCAGUUAGGUACCGAGGAUAUCUGUGAGUUUUGA